GAUGCGUCCCCCGCUGAGCAUGUAAGGAGCUUCAAUGCGCUCUGCACAGAUCUGUAGGCAGCAUCUAGCUGGGGCAAACAGAGUUGGAUGAGUUCCUGCAAUGCCUCAGCUUUCCGCGGGCCUUCUGUGUCCCGAACAUCCCCGCUGGCUGCAAACAAAUGCGGACGAAAGAAGCGCGCACCAUUGCAGCCUACGCGUGAACAUAGGUCCACUUGACAAUAUCCAAGAUGCUUUCCUUCGGUUGCGUUUACCGUACUCACCUGCAUCACCUCCCCUGACCUGCAUCUUGUCCUGUCCCCUGCAUCAGGAGAUCAGCAGCGCGGCCUGGUGCCGAACAAACUCUGUAUUUCAACAUACCUUCUGUAAGCACAUAGUACAGCUCAGUCGCUCCGUUGCAACCCGUCCGAACUUUUUACAACUGCUUGCACUCGCUUUUCCGAGAGUUGUGACGCAAUGGCUCUCGACAACGUCCUGUUCGAGCUCAGGCACUCGGAGCCCCAUCUGAAGCAUGUAGAGGCCGAUGACCGCUCAAUACCCAAGAUAGAACCCGGGACGACGGUACACCAUUUCGAUAAGGCAAAGUUUAUCCAUGAAAUCGAGGGAGGCUGCCCGCUGAAGCAUCCCAACAACGUUAGCGACCGCAGCGCACCUCAGGUUGCAGGCGUCCAGAUGCAGCCCAACCCGCGGCCGGCGCUGCUGGCGGAGGUGAAGGCCAUUGGCGGCCACAACGCGGUGGUGAGUGAGCUCAAGUCAGUGACCUCCGAGGGCGGUGGCGCCGGCCUGGCUCUCAACCACGUGGAGGCGCCGGCAGACCGCAGUGCGCCUAUGACCGACGGCGCGCACGUGGGCCAGUGGGACAAGCGAGCCUUCCUAGGUGAGAUCUCCUCGCCCGGCAAGCCGCUGAAGCACGUGGACCAGGUCAGCGACCGCAGCGGCCCGCAGGUGGAGCUGGACGUCAAGAUCAAGCGCCACCCACACGACCAGCUGAUGUCAGAGGUGCGCUCAAGCAGCCCGCAGCAGCUGCGGCACGUGGAGGCCACUGCUGACCGCAGCAGCCCGCACGUGACGCACACGGCGGCACUGCGCAUGCAGGGCUCGGGCGGCCAUUAACAGUCAGGCCCUCGCUUGGCAGCAUUGUGAAGAGGGACGUAGGAAAGUAAUGGCGGAACCGCAGCAUCGCGUGGACUGGCCGCGGUGCCGGCGGAGGUGAAGGCAGGUGCCGGCGGAGGUGAAGGCAGGUAGCGGCAUGCAAGAGCCAACGACGCAGAGGAUACAACAACACAGCUCGAACAAGAAAGGCUAGAGUUGUCACAUCCAUGUUGCUGAAGCGGGAAGGCACUGAGAGGGUUGAGGAACAGUUGCUGAUAUUUGGCGAGCAGGCAAGCCAUGGUGCUGCCGUGAUUAGCAGCAAGGCAAUUCUGCGGCGCAGUCAAGUGCGCAUGACGCAUAUCGUGUCAGUGUGGAAGGAAAUGAUGCAUUUGUUGAGAGAUUGCCGGCGUUUUGCGUCUAUCUUGGGGCCCGGGACAUGUUGCGUUGUGUCGUUGUGACUAGGUGACAGUCCUGUGACUACGUAUCACCA